AUGUCAGCCAGCACGGCAACGUCCACGCCUGCGCCCGCGCCCGCCGGAGACGGUACUGGUGCUCCGCGAGCUCCGAGACAGUUCAGACGUGGCUAUCGAGGUCGCAAUCCGCGGAAUAACGCCGAGCGACAGACUCAGACUCAGACACAAACGCAAAGCGAGACCUCAACCCGACCUCCGCCACCACCGGCAUCGGCUCCGGGAACCCAGACACAGCACGGUGAGACGGCACCACCUUCGAACACGACGAAUGCUUCACAGCCACAGCGGUCUCGGCGAGGGCCAAGGAGUGGGCGGAGAGGAGGACGGGGACAAGGACAGGCACAGGCACAGAAUGAAACGUCGGAGGGAAGGCAACGACAGGAUCGGGGCCGCGGUGGCGAUCGGGAGCAGCAGGCGCAAGGACAGUCACAAUCACAAUCACAACCACAACCGCAGCAUUGUCCGCAAAAUGGCCGGCGGAGAUUCGAGGGCCGGUUGACGAAGUCGCAUCAGAAUUCGGAGGACGAUACACCAGAUGGGCAGGUCGACGAUAUUGGAGAUCAAGGAUUGAGGGGCGAUGCGCCGACAUUUGUACCUGGGGUAUCGCAGCCAAAUGGCAAGAGUUCCGCCCCGCCUUCCAAGGGCAAGACGAAAGCGAAGAAUCCCCGGACGCGGCCACCGAAGAUUACGACAAAGUCCGAAGCGGAGGAUAUAACCACUCGGAUCCACGAAGACAUCGCGCACAAUUUAUACGAAUGUCCUAUUUGUACUAUUGAGAUUGGACGCAAGUCGCGAGUUUGGUCGUGCGGGCUCUGCUGGACUGUUUUCCAUCUGAGCUGCGUGAAGAAAUGGUCAAAGAACGAGGGCGCUGCGGCGCAAGAUGCCGCGCGCCGAUUAGGGGAGGAUGGGGAGUCGAGUGGGCCUCGUGCAUGGAGAUGCCCCGGGUGCAAUCUCGCCCAGGAGGUAUUCCCGUCGAGCUACUCUUGCUGGUGUGAGAAGGAGGUCGACCCGCGCUCGUUCCCUGGGCUUCCGCCACAUUCGUGUGGGCAAACUUGCUCGCGGAAGCGAAAGGGGUGCCCGCAUCCUUGCGAUGCGACUUGCCAUGCUGGACCAUGUGCGCCGUGCACAGCGAUGGGACCGACUCAGGAUUGUUUCUGCGGCAGAAAUUCCUCGACGAAGCGGUGUCAAGAUACGGACUACGAGCGGGGAUGGAGCUGCGGCGAGGUUUGCGGAGACUUGCUACCCUGCGGCGAACAUACCUGUACUCGACCGUGUCAUGAAGGUCUUUGCGGUGCUUGCGAGGUCAAGAUUGAUGCGCGUUGUUACUGUGGCAAAGUGCAGACUGAGAUGCUCUGCAGUUCGAAGGAUGAGGAGUUGGACAGUGAGCUGCUACAUGGUGAUGAUGUUGAGGAGUGGACGGGGUGCUUCAACUGCGGAGAUUCUUGCAGUCGACCGUUCGAUUGCGGUGUACACUUCUGUCAAAAGAGCUGCCAUCCACAGGACGCCGAGGCGGCACAUUGCCCGAGAUCGCCAGACGUGGUCUCCCACUGCCCCUGUGGUAAGACGCCCUUGGCUGAUAUUCCGGGCUACACCCCGCGGGAAACCUGCGACGACCCGAUCUCGAACUGUCAAAAAGCCUGUGGCAAGACCUUGCCCUGCGGACACGCAUGCGAGAAGAUUUGCCACACCGGACCUUGCGGUUCAUGCAUGCAGAUAACUUCGAUAGACUGCCGCUGCGGCCGUAACACCUUCACUACAGUCUGCCACCAAGGCCAAAUUGAACCCCCUCAAUGCUUCCGAGUCUGCAAAGCCGGCCUGCACUGCGGGCGACACGCAUGCGCCGAGCGGUGCUGCCCCGGCGAACAAAAGGCAAUUGAGCGUCAGGCUAUGCGGCGAAAGCUCAAGUCUCACCUCCGCCCUAGCGACGAGGAUUUCGAGGCCGAACACAUCUGCACCCGGGUCUGUGGCCGUAUGCUGAAAUGCGGUCGGCACACUUGCCCGGAGAUCUGCCACAAGGGACCCUGCAAUACCUGCCGAGAGGCGAUAUUCGAGGAGAUUUCCUGCAAUUGUGGUCGGUCGGUCUUGUAUCCACCUUUACCCUGUGGAACACUGCCUCCUCCGUGCUCGUUCCAGUGUGAACGGCCGAAACCAUGCGGCCAUCCUCAAACGGCGCACAACUGCCACACGGACGACGAGUCUUGUCCAAAGUGUCCAUACCUGACGGAAAAGACAUGUCUGUGCGGUAAGCGGACGCUGAAGAACCAGCCUUGCUGGCUAUCAGAUGCACGAUGCGGCCAGAUUUGUGGCGAACCGCUCAAAUGCGGCUCUCAUUUUUGCCAGAAGAACUGCCACCGGCCCGGGGAGUGCGAGGACGCUGCGCAGCCUUGCCAGCAGGCCUGCGGGAAGACCAAGACUCUCUGCAGCCAUCCUUGCACCGAACCUUGCCACGCCCCUUACCCCUGUUCUGAGAAGACACCUUGCGCGUCCACAAUUGCGGUAGCAUGUGGCUGUGGACGCCUUCGCCAGGAACGCCGCUGCAACGCAGCAAAGGCUGUAACGACCAAGGGCCAACUUCAACAACCCCAGCGCCUCCCCGCAGCAACACCACUAACCUGUGACGACGAGUGCGCGCGCCUCGAGCGUAACCGCUCCCUCGCAGCCGCCCUGGGCGUGAACAUCAACUCCUCCACCACGAUUGCCCAAAACACCCUCUCCUCCACAAACCUCCCUUACUCCUCCGAAACCCUCGACAUAUACAUUCAGCUAUCAUCAACAUCCCCACUUUCCACACUGCAAUCCAUCGAAUCAACUCUGCACACCCUCGCAACAAGCAAUACAACCCGCUCCGUUCGCACACAACCCGCGAAGUCCUCCCUGCGCGCAUUCAUCCACUCCCUCGCCGCAGACUAUGGCUUCGCAAGCGAGAGUUUCGACCCAGAACCCCACCGCCACGUCUUCAUCCUCAAACCCACGACUUGGACAGCACCCGUCUUCGGUCUGGGCAACGGCGUCUCCGCAAUCGGAAUCGCCGGGAUGAGCGUCGCAGAGUGCGUGAAGCUGCGCGAUCGUCAUCGCUUCAAGGAGCGCGAGGCGCAGCGCCUCGCAGCGGCCGAAGUGAAAGCACAGCGCGACGCUGCGAAAGCACAGGCUGGUACCGAAGAUGGCGGUGGCGGCGGUGGCGGAUGGGCGCAGGUCGCUGCGUCGAAGCGCGGGACUGGCGUGAACAACAGUCCGCGGGGAACCCCGAUGUCCCGCACACCAACUGCCCUGUCGGGCUCAGGGUCCUUGUAUGCGGCUCUUGCAGCAGUGAACGAUAACGGCGAGGCGCCGGCGUUCAGGAAGGAGAAGCUUGUUCUGAGGUCUGGUGUUGGUGCCGCGAAGCAGGCUCGGACACCGCCGGCUGAGGUUGCGGAUAGUUGGGAGGAAGAAGAGGAGAAGGAGGAAGAGGAGGAGAGGCGCAAGAGUGGGGAGAGCGCUGAGGCUGAGGCUGAGGCUCGGCCGGCUGAUAAUGCUGAGGCUCGGCCGGCUGAUAAUGCUGAGGCCGAUGCCGAUGCCACCGGUGCCGCUGAUGCUGCUCAGCCUGUUGAUUCGGGGUUUGCUCAGGUUGCUGAGUCCAGCCAGGCCGCUGAUGCUGCGGAGACGGCUCCUGCAGAGCAAGAGCAUGUCUCACAUGAUACCAUGAUCAGGUCAUGA